UGGUUAUGCACGCUAUCUUGAGCUUUUUUUCCCCUCUUGCAUCUAUCUCGUUCCCUUCGCUAGAAAAACGACGACAACUCUCAUCUCCUUUUCUUUCCUUUCUCCUCCAAACCCACGAAUCCCCCAAACCGAACCAAAAAGGGCUUCACCUUCUUCUUCUUCUUCUUCUGUUCGAUUUACCCCUCUCCCUCUCUUUACUUCUGGAAACAAACGAGCGAAGCGAAGACAAUACUUUUGCCGGCGGCGACUGGAGUCGAACACCGCCGACGUUGACAAUGACGACGACGGGAGACGCCGUUUCACAACGGCGACGAAGCUGAGUGGUGAUUUUUUUUUUAUCUUACAUGGCGAUCUCUCUGAGGGUUUCGUUUGAUUCUGGUUUUGGGAAGUUAUACCUGAGGUUUUCUUUCAUUUCUGGUUUUAAUGGCGGACGAAGGAGGAAGAGAAGGCCGACGACGAGGAGGGGUGACGCCGUUUCACCACGGCGACGAAGGGAGAAAGAAUGUCUGGUAAAUGUUGCGUGGUGACCGGAGGCAGGGGCUUUGCCGCCAGGCAUUUGGUGGAUAUGCUCAUCAGAUCAGACAAGUUCCUCGUUCGGAUAGCUGAUCUACCUCCCGCCAUCGACCUCUCCCCGGAGGAGGAGAAUGGAGACCUCGGUCGUGCAUUGGAAUCCGGCCGCGCUUCCUACGUCUCUAUGGAUCUCCGCAACAAGCCCCAAGUCCUCCAAGCUCUUAAAGGAGCCGAGGUUGUUUUCCACAUGGCGGCCCCGCAUUCAGGUAUCAACAACUAUCAGCUCCACUAUUCAGUCAACGUGGAAGGGACCAAGAACGUGAUUGAUGCUUGCGUCGAGCUUAAAGUGAAGAUCCUAAUCUUCACUAGCUCUGCUAGUGUGGUUUUUGAUGGGAUUCAUCCAAUCUUCAAUGGAGAUGAAGCAUUGCCGUAUCCACCCAAGCCUCUUGAUUCCUACUCCGCGACUAAAGCAGAAGCGGAGGCUGCUGUUCUUAAGGCAAAUGGUACUAAUGGGCUUCUUACUUGCUCCUUACGUCCUAGUAGCAUAUUUGGUCCUGGAGAUAAAUUGUUUAUUCCUUCUCUUGCUGAGUCGGCGAGGGCUGGCAAAUCCAAGUUCUUAAUUGGUGAUGGCAACAACGUCUACGACUUCACGUAUGUUGAGAAUGUGGCACAUGCUCACAUAUGUGCUGAACAAACUUUGUCAUCAUCAGGGGAGGCUGCAGAGAAAGCUGCAGGGCAGGCAUAUUUUAUAACCAACAUGGAGCCUAUCAAGUUUUGGGAGUUCACUGGAAAUGUUUGUGCAGGUCUUGGUUAUGAGAGGCCAAGGAUCAAGGUUCCUGCUGUUGCUGUAUUGCCAGUUGCUCAUGCAAUUCAGUGGGCAUAUAAUCUACUCGGCACAUAUGGGAUGAAGCUCCCAGUGCUGAUUCCUUCAAGAAUUAGGCUUCUUUCUGGCAACCGAUCAUUUAGUUGUGCAAAGGCUCAUGAACGUCUUGGCUAUACACCAAUUGUAUCACUCGAGGUUUGGCAACAUUCUGCUGUGAUUCAAUUUCUUUAUUUAGUGCAAACAAGGGCUUGGUCCAGUGUUAUUGUCAUUGGUCUUGAACCUGGAGGUCUCAUGUUCGAGUCCCUUCAGUAGCACCUAAUUAAAAAAACUAACAUAUAUCAUCCUUAUAAAAAGAAUUCUCUAUUCAGUGAUGUUAUGCAUUGUUUUGUGAAUAAAGGAAAUUAUCCUUGUACAACUUCCACAAAAGUUGGAUAGUAUAAAAUUACGAAGUUCAAUCACCUCCAGAUGUCCUAACUUAUUACUGUGAAAUUGUUAAAUAUCUCUUCAACGUAAAUAAGUGUCCGUCAAACUGUUUUUCCAUGCAAACCCAGUCUUGGUAUACGGAGCUUGGUCUCAUUUAAUCCGCAUGGUGAAAUAAUAAGUCUGUUUUUCACAUUUCCUCUCUUGGGUCAGACUAAUUGUGCUUUAAUGUCUUUGUAUAACUGGUCUCCGAGCUUAUAAUUACCCUGUUUAUUUGCUGUGCCAGCUAAUAAUAUAUAUUAACAGCUACAAGUGGAGGCACAUAAAUAAGAAACAACUUAUACAGCAGUACCUGUGCAGUUGAGUUUAUCUUUUUCGAUUGCAGGAUGGUUUGAAAAGGACUAUUGAGUCAUUUUCACAUCUUAAUGCUGAGAAUCAACCUAAAAGAGAUGGGCCAUCUAAGGCUUCAUUAUAUCUUGGAAAUGGAAGAGUUGCUGACACACUACUUUGGAAGGAUACCAAGAAGACACUCAUCGUGUUGCUAGUUCUAAUGGGGAUUUACUACAGUUUCAUUUCGUCUAAUUCUACCAUUAUUACUGCGACUUCAAAGCUUCUCUUGAUGGCAGCAAUUUUUCUAUUCGUCCACGGCAGAUUACCUGAGAAAAUGUAUGUCCCUUAUCUCUUCCUUUCAGUUCAGUCCUAUGUUGAUUUUCGUGCGACUAUAAGUGUGCAGUUGCCAUUGAUUUGAUGUCUUUGGAUGGGUAUCGCUGGAUGCACAACCCAUUUGCUUCUUACUGCCUUAAAGUCUAGAACAAGCAGCUUUGAGUUUGACCAACAGAAAAGUAUGAUUUGUGUUUGUAUUAUACUCCAAUCUCUUGGUGUAAAUUUGGAAGGGAGACGUUUCUUCAUCUAGAUUAAAUGCAGCGCUAACUAAUAUAAAGCCACAUUGAAUAAUGUAUGAGCUUUUGGAUCUGUAUGUUUUGUCAGUAAGAGCCUUAAGGUGCUCAGAAGUAUAAAUAUUGGAUGUGAGAACCAUCAUAGAAGCUUUCAGUGUUGUUUAAUUAAGAGAACUGGACUAUUAUAGUGUGCUAGUGACACAUUUGAUUCAUAUGCUCAGAUUUGGGUAUAAAAUCGAAAAGAUCCAUCCGUCUGAUUUUUACUGGACUGAGAAGAAGUCUUACCAAGUUGCUCAUGUAUUAGCUUCGUUCUGGAAUGUCGGGAUCAACAUUCUAGAAUCUCUUUGCAGAGGGAAGGACUGGUUGGUUUUCCUCAAGGUUGUCUUGUCGCUGUUGAUCAUUGGCUUCAUAGGGACCAUUUCCCUUCACUCAUUGUUUGUAAUGGGAGUUCCCACAACUUUUUUAGGGUUCUACUUGUACGAAUGGAACGAAGAAGCGCUUGAUGGUUUGGUGUCGGAUGCUCUCUCUUACGGAUAUAAAUUGAAAUCUCAAAUCAUCCACAAAGUAACUGGUCCAAAACUUGACUAACAAUGAAGGCUCAUUAGAUAAACUAUGCAGUUUCUUCUUUGUGCCCCUCCCUUGGUUGACAGUUUUGUAAAGGUCACGGAAACAUACAUGGUCAGCUGGGAUACUUCUGUUUGUAUCGAGUGUUACACUAACAGCGUAAUGCAAUCUGUUUUUGAUUUUAUUUGGCUACUAUAACUUGAUCAUUUAAACUUCUAGUAUUAGGCAUAUCAUUUGCCAGUCACCAUGGGACGGGCUAGCAUGCUAACCCCUUAAGGGGUUGGUUUUUUGACACCCCCCUUUUAAUUGGUCAAUUUUUCAUUAAUUAUUGACAAGUAUUAAUGAAAGUAAAUAUAAUAAAUGUUAUGUUAUUAAAUACAAAGUAAGCAUUAAAUAUACCACAUUAAUUACCACUUU